GGUGAGAGGCUGCUGGAGAGUUGCUGUAUUCUGGGAAUGGGUAGGGUCACUCGUCCAGAGUCGUCCUAUCCUACGCAGCGGAAGCGUGUGACCGUUGACUUGCAUCGUCUAGCUACCUCUGUCAUCCUCUACCAGCCGCAGCUCCGAGGGCUGCAGCCAGCUCCAGGACUGAUUGAUCAUGACUUCUAUAAAGGAGCAGGCAGCAAUUAGCAGGCUCUUAAGUUUUUUACAAGAGUGGGACAACGCUGGCAAAGUUGCAAGGAGUCACAUCCUUGACAAGUUCAUUGAAACCAACCAAGGCAAGACUGCCCCUGAACUGGAGCAGGAGUUUUCCCAGGGAGCCAGUUUGUUCCUGAUACGCUUGACCACCUGGCUUAGAAUCACCUAUAUGACUGGUUGUUGUUUAGAAAAGCUUCUCAAGUCCAUUGGCAUCUUCCUAUCAGCUGUAAGCAGUAAUCGGUACCUUAGAGAAUUUCUUGAGGUUGGAGGUGUCCUAACACUCUUGGAAAUACUUGGGCUGGAGAAGAUCACGGAGGAGGCCAAGAAGGAGUCCGUCAAACUACUUCAGGUUAUUGCAAACUCUGGCAGGAAGUACAAGGAGCUCAUUUGUGAAAGCUAUGGUGUACGAUCCACAGCAGAAUUUUUAGCAAAGUCUCAGUCAGAAGAGACCCAGGAGGAAGUGCAGGUUCUGUUGGAUUCUUUGGUCCAUGGCAAUCCUAAGUACCAGAAUCAAGUGUAUAAAGGUCUAAUAGCUUUGCUGCCCUGCACGUCCCCCAAAGCCCAGCAGCUGUCCCUGCAGACUCUCAGGACUGCCCAGCCAAUUAUUGGGACCACACACCCCAGCAUCGUGGACUGCGUGCUGAAGGUUCUGGGCACUAUGCACCUGGAAGUCCAGUAUGAAGCCAUCGAGCUGAUCAAGGACCUUGUCGGUUACGACGUGCGCCAGGCGCUGCUUAAGGGCCUAGUGGCGCUGCUGAUACCAUCGGUCAAGGAGACCUCCAAACUGCAAGCCAAGAUCCUCAAUGACCCCUCGAUUCUCCAGCUCACCCCCAGCCUGCCGAUGUUUUUGCAGCAGGCCGCGGCCGCCAAGGCCAUCGGGGUCCUGGUGCGCAACGACAUAAGCAUCGCCGAGGAGCUGCUGUACCUGCGCGUGGUGCACGGCCUGAUGGCCGCCAUGGGCAACACAGACCACAGCAACAGCCAGCGGCUGGCCAGCCUCACGCUAGAGUGCUUCGUGCAGAUGUUCCCCAUGGUGGCGGAGCACGUGCGCAGGUGCAUGGGAGAGGAACUCUACCAGCUCUUCCUGAGCAACGCUGCGGACUUGUACAUGAAAAUAGACAGCGUUCAGGCGGACAUCUUGGCGGCCAACAAAGUCAAUGUUACCAGAGCCCUGCGCCACCUUGACAGCUGCUACAGCAUGAACACCUUCUGUGGCUCUCGUGAUUCGGCUCACACGGCCUGCGUUACACACUUCCAGAACGACGAUGUGGAAUCAAAGGAGUAACAGCCCCUGUGGCAAACCAGGAAGGCCAAGGCUGCGAGGCAGGGAAGCCUGGCAGGAGGAAGGCACCUGGGGUCAAGCUCAGAGUCACUCCACUUGUCUCCAGUGGGGAGACUGGGUAUUAGGCACCCUAGAAGGGCAGAGGGAGAGCCGCUGUCAAUAAACAGCCUUGGUAUCUGUC